GAUGGCUGGAGGAUAGGUGUUCCAGGAACCUUCUCUCUCGAAACCUCCCCUUUUUGAACCUUUCCUACUCCCCCCAACUCCCCCCUCCCUGUCCGUCGUUUUGAUCGCUUACCCUUCGACACUCCCCCUCCCCCCCCUCUACCCUCUGGUGUUGGCUCCGACUACGACACGACCCCCGGCCUCGGCUUCGGCUUCCGUCACGAACUGGUUGCUGAGGCGUUCGGACACUGUCAUGGCGUCGACGAGAACAGCUCCCACGGAGGAGGGCGACGCCUACCACCGCUCGGCCUCUACAGCCACCCUGCACAGCCAGCCGCAGCCGCAGUCUCAGCCGCAGCAGCACAUGGAACUGGCGGCGCGAGGGAGCAGCAGCAGCAAGCCCGCCCGAAACAACAGCACGUGCAGCGCCAGCGGGAGUCUGGGCGGCGGCGUGGGCGGCGUGGGCGGCGGGCGGACGCGGCACAGCAGCAGCACGAGCGCGCGGGGCGGCGCCACCAUCACCAGGAACAACAGCAGCGCCAGCACGAGCAGCGGCCACAGCACGGGAGCGACAGCCCCGCUGGGCCUCGCGGGCGCCGGCGGGCGCGAGGCGGUGCCUGAGGAGGAGAGCGCGCCCGCCGUGGGCGUCGUGGGCGUCGUAGAGGAGGACGCGGGCGUGGCGGACAGCAGCGCGGAGGGCGAGGCGUCGCUCAUGGAGGCGUCGACGGCCACCGCCUCCACCGUGGACUCGACGGCGGAGCUCGUGCACAGUUCCCGGGGCGUCUGCUACAGCACCACCACGAGCGCCCCGAAGCCCGCGACGCCGCCAGAGGACUCCAACGACUGCGGCCUCUUCAGCUUCCGACCCGCCUUCCUUCAGAAACUUGCUAAUAUUAAGAUCUUCGUGUUCCUGCUGUCGGUCCUGGUGACCAUCCAGCAAGCCCUGGCGUCGGGCUACCUGAACUCCGUCAUCACCACGAUAGAGAAGCGCUACGAGAUCCCUUCCUCGCUCACGGGGGUCAUCUCCUCCAUGUACGAGAUCGGCAACGUCAUCACGGUCAUCUUCGUUUCGUAUUUGGGGUCGAAGAGAAGAAUUCCCGUCUGGAUCGGCGUCGGCUGCUGCGUCAUGGGCAUUGGCUCGAUGCUGUUCGUGAUGCCGCAGCUCAUCUCCGACCGCUGGUCCAUCGAAUUGGAGACCAUCAACGACACCGACUCGAAACACAUCUGCCGGAACGCGCGCGUGCGGGACGACACCUCCGAACGCCUCUCCGACCUCGGCUUCGGAACGCUGCCCGACCUGUCGAAGGGCGUGCCCCUAGGCUCGCACAACAGCAUCCAGUACGGCAAGCCUGACAACUGCAUCAAGGGCUCCCGCAGCAACGUGAUGCCUGUGCUGUUCUUCAUGCUGGCGCAGCUGCUGCUCGGCGCCGGCGGCUCGCCCCUCUUCACGCUCGGAACCACCUACAUCGACGACCACGUCAAGAGAGAGAGUUCAUCCAUGUAUAUAGGACUUGUGAGUGAGGAUGUCUCCAUGCCAGACGAUAGAGUGGUGCUACCUACAUCUCGCUCUGUCUUCCCAUUGAGAGUUCUCAUUCAUAGAUUACUCAUCUCUCGUAUCGUCCCAGACUCACUAGCUCACCCUGAGUUGCAGGACGUGUGGUCUAAUGGACAAUCAAAGACAAUGCAGAUUAUUGCUGGGCUUGAUAUUAUCUCUGUUGAUUGGGCUCUAGUGCUACUCUUAUGUAAAAAUGGCCAGAUCCUCAUUGGAUUUCGUCCUGCAUUGAGAAAGGCUGAUGAUCAAUGUCAAGGAUGGCAUGUUGGCCCACCACAAUCGUGCUUUAUAAUUAAGCCAUUUCUAAGUGAAACCUUAGUACUGCUCUCGGUAAAAUUGUCAUUCACAAGUAUCCUGGGAGAAGGCAAUCAGUCAUCACCGUUCCUCUCAUCCUCUGCGUCCGGGGGUGGUUUUUCUGAAGUGACUGUUGUCCCAGUGGCUACUGCAGGGCCUUGCUAUUACCCAUGCAACACCAUCAUGCCUUUCAUGAUCCUUCUGUUUUUCAUGUGCACUGUUGUAGCCAUAAGUCAGAUGCCCUUACUUAUGAUUGUGCUCAGGUCUGUAGAUGAAGAAGAGAGAUCGUUUGCUCUGGGUGUGCAGUUUGUGAUAUUCCGCCUCAUUGCAUACAUCCCGGCACCAAUCAUGUUUGGAUCUGUGAUUGACUCCACUUGUCUCCUUUGGAAGAGUUCUUGUGGAGAAAAGGGAGGCAGAUGUCUCAUUUAUGACAUUGAGGCAUUUAGGUUCAGAUAUGUUGGUAUAUGCACAGCCAUCAAAAUAAUAUCAGCAGCAAUAUUUGUCUUUGAUUGGCUCUUGAUCCGCUGGAAAUAUAAGCUGGACAUGGAAGGGACAAUGACUGUGGGAGACAUUGUUAACUCCCUCAUGUCAGUGGAUAAGAAUGAAGAUGAAUCUUCAGAUGAGCUUGAGAAAACAGUGUGGUUACCGGAACUCCAGGGAACACAGCAUGUGGUGCCCCAUGCCCCUGCCGGAGCUCCUCACUCUACCUCAGCAACAGUAUCAGCUCCAUCAACUGCACAAAGUAACCAUUACCACCACAGGCGGAAUGGGUCACUUAUUAAUAGAUCACAAUUACCUCCACAUGGUCCAGGUCACAAGAGAUCCCAGUCGGGCUCUUACAUCCCGCCUCGCCCAUGGGCUGGCCUUUACCAGCACAGGCGUUCCCACUCCAGUUCAGGAUACCAGCACCUGCCUCUUCCUUCUGGCCCACCUCCACAGGGGAUUCUAGCCACGCAGCCGGGACACCAACGGCGAGCAAGUUCUGGACAGCAAGUGACAUUCCGAGGACUUGCAGAGGAUCCUAGCGACUUGACGGGAGUGAGAGUGGUGGUUCAAGGUCACACAAGCAGUCCAGAUGAGGAUGAUAUUGCAAUUAAGGUGUAAGGGGAUGUGGGUGACUUAUAUUAAUCUUAGCUUUUUUUAUUUUAUUUGUAUAAACAGAAGGGUGUAUGUGUAUGUUUGUGUGUGUAUAUGAACACACACACAUAUGCACAUUCAUACACUUACACACUCAUACAUUCAUACAUACAUCAAUAUAUGCUUUAAUUAUUCUGAAUUAAUGCUUUGUACUAUAUAGGUAACAGGCUUGCCUAUUUAUAACAACUAUUUUGACACUGAAAUUUGCUACUGUCACUUGUUGAUAAUUAAGCCUGAGGUUACAGUGAAUUUAGGAAAUGUUAUACCAUGGUGUUUGUAGUCCUCUAAUAUGCUUCCAUGUAGUGGAGUGGCAGUGGACACAUGUAGUCCAAACCCCUGCCAUGUAUGGGAAAAUUCUCCCAUUUGGUUACGAUAUAUGAUACCUAUGGUUUGCAGCAUAGUAUGAUGAUGCAAAUAUAUUUAUGAUAUGCAUAGCCUUUGAAACAAAACUCUAGGUUUUUAAACAUAUAGACUGCUUAAUUGGACGAGAUGCCGUGUACAGAGCUCGGACAAUAAUUAAAAUGAGGAUUAGGCUGGCAUGUUGCUUGCAUAGGAGUAGAAGAGACUUGGGGCCUCUUGUGUAAUGUGAUAGCUUGACUUUCUAUAGGAUUACCAUAGAAGUGAUAUGAUGUCAGAUUUUAACCUCAUUCCAGGCUUUAGUUUGGAUACAUAUAUAUAUAUAUACACACAGGUUGUUUAAUGUACAUAAAGAUGAAACAAAAGAAAAACUAUCUAGUUAUAGUUCUAUAUUGAAACUUAAGUGCCUAAAGUUGUAUGACCGUGGUACCAUUCUUGAUAAUUCACGUGCUCAACUAAUCUUAUAGUCAGAGAUUUGGACAUGGGGGGAGGGGGUUUAUUGACUGGGAAGAGAAACAAAACAAAACAUAAAGGUAAAAGCAAGAUUUUUUUUUUUGAGAGAGAGAGAGAGAGAGGAAUACUUUUUUCUGUUCUAGAUCUAAUUUACAUUGAAUCGAAGGUAUGGUACUUUUGUAAUUAUGUGUAGAGACAUUCAGCUAGAUUUUAAAAGUCUAUUUAUGUAUUUAUUUUUUCUUUACUUUAAUAAGCUGGUGGGAGGAUUUGGUAGAUUGUAAUUAUUUGUGAAAUGAAAAGCACUCAGCAACCUGAUGCAUUAAAUACAUUAUUGUAUUUAUAUAUCAGGUUCUUCUGUUUUGUGUAGUGUUGUAUGUACAUACACAUACACACACACAUGUAUGUAUUUAUGUAUGAAUGUAUAUAUACAUACAUAGAUACAUACAUGCAUACAUA